AUGAAGCUCACUCGUCCUCGUCGUUCACUCCCAAACCCUCUCCUUCACUCCAUACCCAGGAACCUCAGCACCUCUUCCAAUCCAACCCCCAAAGACAAUGACGAAAACGACGACGCCCACUUCAUUUCCAACCUCUCCGACGUCGUUCGAGGGAAGCAGAGCUGGAGAAUCGCCCUCAGCGACCCCUUCAUCUCAGCCUCGCUAAAACCCCACCACGUCGAGAAGGUUCUGAUCCAGAACGUGAGUAAUCCCAGGUUAGCCUUGCGUUUCUUUAAUUUUCUGGGCUUGCAUAAAUCCUUCAACCACUCUACGGCGUCGUUUUGCAUUCUGAUUCACUCGCUGGUUCAGUCUAGCCUCUUCUGGCCUGCUACUUCGCUUUUGCAGACGCUAUUGCUUCGUGGGUCGAACCCAGAUGAGGUUUUCCGGUGGCUUUUGAGUUCGUAUAAGAAAUUUGAAUGUGGGUCGAGUUUGGGUUUUGAUUUGCUGGUGCAGAACUAUGUGCAAAAUAAGAGAGUGUUGGAUGGUGUUGUGGUUGUGAGGUUGAUGAGGGAGUGUAAAUUGGUGCCUGAAGUUAGAACCUUGAAUGCUGUUUUAAAUGGGUUGGUGAGAAUCAGGCAUUUCAAUGUGGUUUUGCAGCUGUUUGAUGAGUUUGUCAAUGUUGGUCUUCGGCCGGAUGGUUAUAUGUACACUGUGGUGGUUAAGAGUUUGUGUGAAUUGAAGGAUUUGCAUAAGGCUAAGGAAGUGAUUUGGUACGCGGAGUCAAAUGGGUGUGAGUUGAGUGUUGUUACGUAUAAUGUGUUGAUUCAUGGGCUCUGCAAGAGCCAGAGGGUUUGGGAGGCGGUGGAAAUCAAGAAUAUGUUGAGUCGGAAGGGACUGAAAGCAGAUGUGGUUACUUAUUGUACAUUGGUGCUUGGGUUGUGUAGAGUGCAAGAAUUUGAGGUUGGUGUGGAGCUAAUGAAGGAAAUGAUUCAGCUGGGGUUUGUUCCAAGUGAAGCGGCUCUUUCGGGGCUUAUGGAGGGAUUGAGGAGGAAGGGGAAGAUUGGAGAUGCUUUUGAUUUAGUGAACAGAAUGGGAGAAGUUGGGGUGGUGCCUAAUUUGUUUGCUUACAAUGCAUUGAUCAAUUCUUUAUGUAAAGACGGGAAGCUGGAUGAGGCGGAGUUGCUCUUUGACAACAUGGGGAAGAAGGAUUUGUUUCCCAAUGAUGUAACAUAUUCUAUUCUGAUUGAUUCGUUCUGUCGGAGGGGAAUUUUGGACACUGCACAUUGUUAUUUUAAUAAAUUGAUCAAUGCUGGGAUCAGAUUAACUGUGUAUCCCUACAAUUCUUUGAUAAGUGGGGAAUGCAAGUUUGGAAAGUUGACUGUGGCGGAAUCUCUCUUCAGUCAGAUGAUGAGUAGAAGUGUGGAACCAACUGUUGUAACUUACACAUCACUGAUAAGUGGAUACUGCAAAGGAGGAGAACUGCAGAAGGCAUUUACACUAUAUCAUGAAAUGAUGGGAAGAGGCAUUGCACCAAACACUUAUACCUUCUCUGCAAUUAUUUCAGGUCUUUGUCAUGCAAGCAUGAUGCCGGAAGCAAGUAAAUUCUUUGAUGAAAUGGUGGAAAGAGGCAUUAUGCCAAACGAGGUGACAUACAAUCUUUUGAUUGAUGGGUACUGUCGGGAAGGUAACAUUACUAGAGCUUUUGAAUUGCUUGAUGAAAUGCUCAAAAGUGGUCUUUUACCGGACACAUAUACAUAUAGACCUUUAAUAAGUGGCCUUUGUUCCACGAGUGGAGUGUCUGAAGCGAAAAAGUUUGUAGAUGAUCUUCACAAGAAGAAUUUUAAGUUAAAUGAGAUGUGCUACAGCGCACUACUGUAUGGUUAUUGCAAGGAAGGAAGAUUAUAUGAUGCAUUAGGUGCCUGUUGUGACAUGAGUGAAAGAGGAGUAGACAUGGAUCUAGUGUGUUAUUCCAUACUUAUCUGUGGAGCUCUUAAACAACAGGAUACCCAAAGAUUAUUUGGUAUCGUAAACGAGAUGCAUAAUCAAGGAUUGAGGCCUGAUAUUGUAAUCUAUACAAGUAUGAUUGAUGCAUACGGGAAAACAGGAAAACUUGAUAAGGCAGUUGGACUUUGGGAUAUAAUGGUUGGUGAAGGAUGCUCCCCUAAUGUUGUAACAUACACGGCCUUGAUAUUUGGAUUAUGUAAGGCAGGCUGUAUUGAUAAAGCCGAGCUUCUUUGCAAGGAUAUGCUCGUGGGUGAUGCCCUUCCCAAUCACGUCACAUAUGGUUGUUUCUUAGAUCACUUCAGCAAAGAAGGUAGCAUGGAGAAAGCUGUGCAACUUCACAAUUCCAUGCUUGCUGGGUUCUCAGCCAAUACUGUCACAUACAAUAUACUUAUUAGGGGUUUCUGCAAAAUGGGCAACUUUCAUGAAGCUUCAGAGCUCCUGGUUGAGAUGACAAACCAUGGUAUUUACCCCGAUUGCAUCACCUAUUCAACAUUUAUCUUUGAGUAUUGCAGGACGGGCAAUUUGCUAGAAGCUAUUAGGUUGUGGGAUGUUAUGCUGGAUAGGGGUCUGAAGCCUGAUAUUGUAGCAUAUAACUUUUUGAUAUAUGGUUGCUGUGUCACCGGGGAACUGACCAAGGCUUUUGAGUUGCGUGAUGACAUGAUCAGUAGAGGGUUGAAACCAAAUCAAGUUACAUUAAACACACUAAGUCGUGGAACUUCCCUUACUAGGUAAAUAUUGUCCACCACUGCUAGUCAUUCUUGAAGCAUCAUUGAUCUGUCAAAUAGGUUAGCAGACAGGGGAUUAGUGGGUUACUGUAGCUUCUCUGGUACUUACCAGAGCUGUGAUGGUUCAGUAUUCACAAUUUUGUAAUUUAGGUGUACAUCGGACCUUUUCGAGGUGUCCCCCAUUCUUUUAUGUAAAUAUUUACAACCCUGUAGUGCUCCUGUAUGGUAAGGUUAGAGGUGUAGGAGUCUUACAGAGACAGUGUAUUGUACCAUUGACGAUUUGAAGGAGAUGAGCAACAGGCUCAGACAUGCCUAAUUCACAGCAUGGAGAGAAAUAAACCCCUUGCAAGAGGGCUUUUGU